AUGGAAAUUGAGCCGUUCUCCUAUAUCAGAAGUCCUGCAAAAGGUGAUUUAGAGACAUUUUCGUGCAUCAGAACCCAGAGUGACUUGGAGAAGUUUUCCUACAUACGAAGCCCUCCAGAAACGUUUUCGAUACCUUGUGUGCCUGUGAGAUCCGAGCCCAGCCCCUCUCGUCCACCACAAUCUAGUCCGCGAUUCUCCACACCAAGCAUGGUGGUGGACCUCCAGUCUCAGAACCCUUGUGUGGUUACUGCAGAUCCAUCUGUUCAGUCAUCCCCACAUGACUAUAAGCUGCUUCCCCAGGAAGUGUCUCCGCGCACUGCCUCGCACGACUACAAACUUUUGCAGCAAGACAUAUCACCCCGUUCUGCAUCACAUGACUAUACCAAGCCAUUGUUGACAGAUGUUUCACCAAGGUCAAAUGAUUCCUACAAACCAUGCCCCCAGGACAUCUCUCCAAGGUCAAAUUUGGGCGAGUGUAACAAACGUCAGCAGCAGCAACAGGAUCAGUUCUCCCCAAAAGGAGGCUCACUCGACUAUGAGCAUAAUCGUAAUCUAUCACUACGUACUUCAUCUCAUGACUAUCGUCUUUUGCCACCAGAGGGCAUGAUGACACCUAGUCCUGAUAACCCACCCUCCAUUGACCACUCUGAUAUUCCUCAAAAUGAGGUAUUAUCAUUCAAAGGCAUGAACACCCCAAAAAACAGCCCACCACAGCUGUCUCCAAAACAGCUCGAUUUGGACCAUGGAAGGUUUGACUGUGGUCCAAAGCAAAUGGAUUUCGAUAGCAUGGAUCAAAAUAGUGGAUCAGACCAGUCCCCUUGUCAGACUCCAGAGAAACAUCGAUCCCGACGUAAACAGACAAUCGAAGACAUUGUGCGACGCAUGAAAGGAUCGGAAAAUGGUUACUAUAGUGAUAGUGAAGAAGAGGAAGAAGAUGAUGGAGAGGACACCCUCAAUGGAUCCAUCUCCAUGGACAUGCACAAUGGUGACCCAAAACUUGGGGAUGGUAUGUGUGGUAUGAGGUGUGGGCAGGAUGAAGUGGAUGGCGCUCCUAUGCAGAUAUCAGGCCUGAAGGCCAGCGACAAUGACAGGCAACCUAGUAUUAGUAGUGGUCCCACAACUAAUGGGAACAUGAACGGUCUGGAUGGUAUGUCCUAUAAAAAUGGCAGCAUUUCCUUAGAUACAGAGAACAUCCAACCAGACCAAAUGCGACAAAUAGAAAAUGGCAAAGACAGCAAAGAUGGUUGUGAAAAUAAAGAUAUGUCCCCUGAGAGACAGCAGAUCAAUGCUAUCAUGGACAAGGUAGCCGAGAUCACAGGAGGGAACAAAUCACAAGACUUCAAUACUCCAAAACAGAACGGUAAUUGGUUUCAUGGAGCAUUCAAUAGUCUUCCCUUGUUUCCGUUUCCUCCAAGUCCUCUGGAACAUCAUCUAAAUCCAAACUUUCUUCCGAUGUUUGAUGGCAAAUUUCCCACAUCACAAGAGGUGGAGAAGGAUUAUCUCAAAUGCCAGUUCUGUGAAAGGACAUUCCGACGCCAAAAGAAUUUAGAAAACCAUAUCGAGAACACCCACCAUGGAAAGAGCACAGCGAGGAGAAAAUCAUCAGAUAGCAAUGACAUGUAUUUCAAGUGCACACAUUGUCCCUAUACCACCAAGCACCAGAGCAACCUGUACGUCCAUCUUCGCAUUCAUACCGGGGAGCGACCAUAUAUCUGUGGUGCCUGCGGAGUCCAGUACAGCCAAAGUCACAGUCUAAAGAGUCAUAUCAUCAACAAACACGAUGGUAUCAUGUCCUACUACAUCAAGGAGAAGCGAAACCGUUCUCCUCGUGGCAUGGGCUAUUUGACCCAGGUCAUACCAGACAUGUACAAGAUCUCACCACAGCAAUCAAUGAUGCCACACAAUGUUCACAAUAACCAUGGAAAUCAACAACAGUCACUCUUGAUGCCACAACACAAUAUUCCAAUGCCACCACAUCCACAUGCUAUGACUUCAAUGCAUCCACAGGUCAUGACCUCUCCAAAUCACCAGGGUCAAGGUCAACCAAUGACUUCUCCCAUGCAGAAGAUGAUGAUGUCUCCCCAACAACAACAACAGCAGCAGCAACAACAACAGCAGCAGCAAAUGGGAAGCCAUCUUCAGCAGGAGAAUCGCCCCACCCACAUUGGAGGGGAACGGAAUCCACAGUCACAUCCUCACAAUAUGCAGCAAAAAUCUAGUCCCAACUACUAUGCCAAUGGGUUUCCUUCACCCAAUUUUGUUCAGAGUAACUUCCCACCACAGUUUAAGGUGCAUCAACAACCAGCCCCGGUGGAGGAGCAGCCACUGCCUCUGGUCACAAACAGUACCACCAAGUCUCAGAUGCCACUACAGGAAAUUCGCAACAAUCAGAUGGAGGAGAGUGGCAUCAACAACCAUGGUGCUAUUGAUCUGAGCAAGAAGGCCAUGCCAAGUCACACUCUCCGUGACAACGGUCACCUUGAGGCUCUAAAGGCUCUAGAGAUGUCGGGACUAGGAGAACGCCCAGAAAAGGAUCAUAAGUGCUCAGAGAAGGGCACUGGAGAAUGUGCUAAUUGUGUGCAUGAGUCCAAACUCCGUACACUAAGACUGAAUGUGGUCCGUAUGCUUAGUAUUCUGGUUCCAAAUCUGAAUUUCGAAGAGAAGGGAAUCAGCGCUGAUGGGGACUCGGUGGAUGAACUCUUGCAUGAUGUCAUAGAAAGCAAUAUGCAAGAGGAGGAGAUGAGUGAGUGA